GUCUGUGUGUGUGUGAGAGAGAGAGAGAGAGAGAGUGCGAGAGAAGAGAGUCUGUGUGAGAGGGAGAAAGUCACAUUGAAUGCUGGGCCGGCUGCCGCAGUAUCUCGGCGAGAAACAACACGAUAUCCUGCUGUAGUCCAAGAGAUUUAGUGGCAGUAAAGCGGCGAUAGCCGAGGAAACUAAGCCAUGCAGGUUAACUUACGGCCUUAAACCGGCAACGUGUAACUUGUAAGCUGCAGCAAGACCCACGCCAGUAUGGAUCGCGAGUGGUUUUAGCCAAGUUGUUGUCAGUGAGGAGAAUACGCUCCUGUUAUACUAGAGGCCCAUUGCUUCUCAGGACGUUGCACCAGACAGUACACAAUGAAAGCUCCUAAUGCAGUGCCCACGUAAUAGAUUGAUUGCAGAUUUAACUCAGACUGAACUACUGCAAUAAUUACAGGCGAUGUAUGCCAUUGCCAGAUUGUUUAAUUAUAUAUUAACACACCUUUGAGGAAUACACAUCUGGGGUGCAGGCCUAUCAACCUGUAAGCUAUCUGUGUGAUGCAACGUUAAAGCUAUAAGUUGAAAACAAAACCUACACUUCAAAUUGGGUCAGGUUUCUUGUUUACGUUGAAACAGUUUCUUGAUUUGGUACGAUCACAUGAAAGUUGUUGAACUCGCCCUCCACUUAAACCCUCGUACUGGCACUCUUGAAAUUUGAUAUCAUUGCUUUUUAGUGUUUAUAGUGACGCAGAGUCCCUGACAGUCAGAUCUUCCAAAUCAAGGACUCUCUGGCUUACCCACGUUGUACUGCUGCUCUUACUUCUUCCCUACUUAAAUUCAAGAUCUUUCUUCGCCUUUUGAGACCCGUCCUGUUUCUCAUUUCUGCCUUUUUACAUAUGUGUCCUCUAUGCUGUGUUAGGUGUUUUACAACUCUUUAAGCAAGUUGCAGGAUUAGUUUGGUUAGGGUUAGCUUAUUUGCUCUUUCAUUCAAAGGUGUUACCAGCCAGCACUCUCGCUGUUAAUUCCGUCACUGAGAGGAUCCAACACUGACGCUGGGGUGCAGUUCCACAAGUGUCGACAGCCCUACCUAUCUUCGCCCAAGAGCCCAUUCUACAUGUGGAAGCUUAAACCGACAAAUCCAGUACUUUAUGAAUUGGGUGCAGGGUAACAGCACGCUAUCCCAUGGAGACUUAGAAUUGGCCUGCUGGUACAAACCUGGUCGAGAGACCUCUGCCAGAACAGUGAGGCCUAAGGCCCACACAACAUCAACUCUGUCCUCAAACAGAACAGGCCCGUGAAACAUUGACUGGAUAUUCUCAGGCUUCUCUGCAGAAUGUCAGCCAAGGAUCGACACAUUGAUUCGAGCUGCUCAUCAUACAUUAAGACAGAGCCAUCCAGCCCUGCUUCACUGACAGAUAGUAUCAAUCACCACAGUCCAGGUGGCUCCUCGGACGCCAGUGGGAGCUACAGCUCCACUAUGAAUGGACACCAGAAUGGCCUGGACUCUCCCCCACUCUACACGACGACCAACCUGGGCAGCAACGGUAGCUCCCGUAAACGGUACGACGACUGUUCGAGCACUAUAGCUGAAGACUCGCAGACCAAGUGCGAGUACAUGUUGAACUCCAUGCCCAAAAGGUUGUGUUUGGUCUGUGGCGACAUAGCAUCAGGAUAUCAUUAUGGUGUUGCUUCCUGUGAGGCCUGCAAAGCAUUCUUCAAGCGCACUAUACAAGGUAACAUCGAGUACAGCUGCCCAGCGACAAAUGAAUGUGAAAUCACAAAGCGUAGACGCAAGUCUUGCCAGGCCUGUCGUUUCAUGAAAUGCCUAAAAGUAGGCAUGCUGAAAGAAGGCGUGCGCUUAGAUAGAGUACGUGGAGGACGGCAGAAGUAUAAGCGCAGGAUAGAUGCAGAGAACAGCCCUUACUUGAACCCUCAGCUGGUUCAACCAGCCAAAAAGCCAUUCAACAAGAUUGUCUCACACUUGCUUGUGGCUGAGCCAGAGAAGAUCUAUGCCAUGCCUGAUCCCACCAUUCCGGAGAGUGACAUCAAGGCCCUCACUACACUGUGUGAUCUGGCUGAUCGAGAACUAGUGGUCAUCAUUGGAUGGGCAAAGCAUAUUCCAGGAUUCUCCACAUUAUCUCUGGCUGAUCAGAUGAGCCUCCUCCAGAGUGCCUGGAUGGAGAUUCUGAUCUUGGGAAUUGUGUACAGGUCGCUGUCUUUUGAGGAUGAGCUGGUAUAUGCCGAAGACUACAUCAUGGAUGAAGACCAGUCAAAGUUAGCUGGGCUUCUUGAUUUGAAUAACGCCAUACUGCAGCUGGUAAAGAAAUACAAGAGCAUGAAGCUGGAGAAAGAAGAGUUUGUCACCCUGAAAGCUAUAGCGCUCGCUAAUUCAGAUUCAAUGCACAUAGAAGAUGUUGAGGCUGUUCAGAAGCUGCAAGAUGUCUUGCAUGAGGCCCUGCAGGACUAUGAAGCUGGGCAGCAUGGGGAAGAUCCACGCCGUGCUGGUAAGCUACUGAUGACUCUCCCUCUUCUCCGGCAGACCUCUACCAAAGCUGUGCAGCAUUUCUACAACAUCAAACUGGAAGGCAAAGUUCCCAUGCACAAACUAUUCUUGGAAAUGCUGGAGGCCAAGGUCUGACUAGAGGAACCUAGGCCUUCCCGUGAAACCACACAGAAUGGGUUAGGCCACAGCAAAGGGAAGAAACGUAGGAAUUGAACCAGACAAAAGUUAACUGUAGUGUUUAAUUGAGAAAACAGAACUGCACUGAUAUUUAGCAGUAUGACUGUGAAGCAGCUUUCAACUUCUCAUUCUUCUAGGAUUUUUUCAUGCAGAUUUUGCUGUUGAACUUUUUAAUGAGGUCUCUAAAUGAAGAGAGAGAAGGAAGCCAGCCCUGCCAAAGGAUGGGAAUCCAUAAUAUGGAUGCCAUUGAACUAAUAAUAAGAGAAAUAUCCCCAUCAACAAAGGAUUCAGACUGACAACUGUUUUACCUAGCAGUACAGCGCAUUGACUGAAUGCAGUGUUAGGUUCCAUAUGAACAGUCUGUAAUUAAGCAACGGAGCAGCGUUGCAUUGGCUGCUUCUUCUCAUUGCAUUUUUUCCACCUUAGAUCAGUUACAGCCAUUUAAUUCCUUAAUUGUUUUCAAGUCUUCCAGAUAUUUCUUAGGUUAGGAACUAUGUCUAUUUCAGGGAAUAGUAAGCUUUACUCAGUCACGCAAUACUGAAAAUACUGCAUUUAUUUGCUGGCUGGAAAAACGAUGGACAGUUAUGAAGAACAAACAAAACUUUUUUUAAAACCUUUGUUGUUGAUGUUGUUUAUGGGUUUUUUGUACCAGCUUUACCACUACAGCCAUUUUAUUAAUCUGUGAAUUUAUCUUAAGCAAUAGUGAAUGAGAAGGUGCAUACUUUUUAUGGAUGCAAUUUAUGUUGAGUGCCAGUUCAGUCAAAAUCCUCAACUUCUUGAACACAAGGUAAUACAUAGCUUCAAGUUCAUUAUUGCAAUUAGAUUACACCUUUAUUAAUAGGCUAGUUGAUCUGACAAUUGAAUCCAAUGCAACAAGAUUAUACACUAGCUUGCCCCAGCAUACCUUGGAAAUAUGGUACUAAUGUAAAAUAAUGUACUUUACAGGCAUAUUUAUUAACCAUUCAAAACAUGACUGAUAAGGUGUAAAUUUGAUUUAGCAACUAAUCAGAUGUUUUUCCUCCCCCUUAAAAGCUACAUUUGCUACAUUUUAAAACAAAUGAAGGCGCUAACCUGUACCAAGUACUCAAAUGUCAGUAUUAAUAGCUGCUCCCUGUUGUACCAUGUGACAUCCUCUUCUGUGUACACUUAUGUAAUCAAAGAUUGUGAGCCUAACCUGAGGUCAUGUAUUGGAAACAAAAAAAAAUGUUGUAGUUCAGCUUGCAAUGUUUCAUGUUUGCUGUGUUCUUCUAAUUUUAGUUGAAUUCAAAGACUGUUGUCUUGUUCUUAUUGUGGUGUUAGAUUCUUGUGAUUGUACGCAUUAGACACAGGGUAGAAUUAGAGACAGUAAUGGAUGUAAAAUUCCUCAGGAGAUAGUGUAUUCUAUUCCUUACUGGUGAUAAGAUUGCUCCUAUUAAUAAUAAGAACAAAUAGUUUAAGAAUCAGAACAAAUAUCUCUUCCAACAAUACACAUUUAAAUCAUUAAUUUAAAAAGGGAUAUUUUGUGUAACAGUUUAUUGUAGAAUAACAAUGUAUAUCUUAGAAAAGAAUUUGAAAUUUCCAAACAAUAGGUAAAUGUCUAAUUUUUAAAUGCUGUAAAUAUAGCUAUGUUCAAACAUCUCAAAUGGUUGUUAAAACCAGCUUUGUGUCGUUACAAGUUUUUGGUGCAGACAAGUUUCCCAAACUACUGCUACAUUGUGUGCUUUGAACAAAAAAAAGACAAAAAGGUUGAUGGUAUGCAUCAACCUUGUGCUAUAAAUACUGUGUAUCAUUAGCCGUACGAGACUAUAUAGUAGAUUGUGGUUUCUCAGUAGAGAAUUGACUGUACUGUGAUUCUAGACUUUAUUCAUCAUUAGCAGCUCAUUCAGGUGGUCAAUAACUUGAAGUUUAUAGCUGUAAUAGGGAACUAAGAAACUGGCACGACCCUUUAAAAAAAAUCCAACUCCUGGGAGUAAGGUGCUGAUUUUGAGUAACAGGAGCUAAGCUCUGUGGAGUGCAAGGGAAGGAUUUAAGGUUUAUUUUGCUCAUGCUUAUGGUUAGAACCAGCAGCAAAAUCUCAUUUAUCAAUGCUCAGAUCAGCAAAAUGAGAUAGUUAAAAUGAAGGUUCUAUGUUUUAAGCUGUAUCUGUUUUUUCUUCUUUUUUUCUUUACGAUUAUCUUUAUUUUCUGUUUAAUUAUGGCAAUAUGAUUGUGUGACUCUUCAACAGUUGCACUUGCAUUUCAAUCAGAACAAAUAUUUAUUCCACUAUUUGCAUUUUAAGAACAGACAGGUUUCAAAAUAAUAUGAAAAAAUUAUAAACAGCUAUUUUUCUUAUAUAGAACAGAAUGUUGGGUGUUGGUGAUUGUAUUUAAAUUAUUUAUGCAUCUGUGUUUACCUGCCUACAAACAAUUUAUGGCAGUCUUACAUGCAAAGUUUAAAAGCAGAAAAAAGUUUUAAAAAAGCUACAAAUACCAGGAGUUGAAGUUUAACCUGUAGUGAAAAACCAUGUCUGUAGGUCUAGGCAAGCUUUGUGCUUCACAUCUGUAAACAAUCAACUGUAUAUUUUUGUGACGUGUAUCAUACUGUGUGCUCUGACAAAUGUCCAUUUGUGUAAAUGUAUUUAUUUUAUAUUGUAUAUAUUGUUAAUGCAAAAGGAGACAAUGAUUCUGUAACUUUAAUCAGUUCCAAUGUGUACUCUAAUUAUGCCUUUCAGGAUGAUGGUAGAGCAAUAUUAAACAAGCUUCCACUUUUA